AUGGAGAGUACGAGUAUUACGGGAGAGAGCUUGGCUCGACCAGAUAUGAACGACGUCCCGGAGUCUGCUUCCGGGUCAUCUGUGACCCAGAGAAAACGACUCUCCUUACCUCCCCGUGCGAAUCCAACCACCCGCCAUGCGAAACGCCUCACCUUGAACUUUCCUAUCAACCUCAACCUCAACGAGACUGAGUCGGGGACCUCACCUGCCUCCGCAACCACAGCUACACAGUCCUCCACCGGCCCUCCCUCCGCGCAACCUCCCGGCACACCUAUGUCAUUUGAUGUCCCAGACGAUGGUUACGACUUCCUGCGGGCUAUUGCCUCGCAGGAGCGAAAGGUCAUGGAGCUACGCGAAGAGCUAAAUCGCGCAGAAGCAGAGCUGGUCACAAUCAAGAAGCAGUGGGCAUUAUCCGAGAAGUCCAGGAAACGCGCCGAGAUCAAUCACGCAGAGCCGAUGAUGGCUCUUCGGUCUCCCGAUGCCUCAACAUCCGAAACAUUCUCGGCCCACCACCGGGAACAAAGUAUGACCUCGGUUGGGAGCUCGACUGUAUCGCAAGAACGGGCCAGUCGGGAACUCGGUCGGCGGACAAGUAUCCGUGCUCCUCCUGCUCCAGGGACCAAGAUUGGCACCAAUGGUCGUCGGGUCUUCCAGGGUGGACAUACUCGCACCUUGUCGCUUUUGUCCCCAGUCACGGCUUCAAGUGCCUUUGUCGGGGAGCCAGGUCCCUCGGAGACCGAUCGCGUAGGCCGCACUCCACGAUCUGCUACACUGCCAUCUGUCGAGCGUGAUCAUGCCGCUAUUGCCCGGAUGGACGAGAGCCAGGUUCCAGAGCAUCUACUUGCGCAGUGGCACAAGACUCUGCCUCCUCCCUCGCGGGAGGCUCUCAUGCGGACGGGCAAACAGAUGGCAUCUGAUCUACGGGAGGGACUUUGGACAUUCUUGGAAGACAUUCGACAGGCCACGGUGGGAGAGGAAGGAAUCAACGGAACUCAAACACGAACAAUGUCACCAUCAAACUCACUAGCACCACCAAACGGUCAGAACGGUCGUAAGCGGGAUUCCCUGGCGAAGUCCCGGAGCCGAGAACGGUUAUUGGCGGACGGCAAGCUAUCACGAUCAUCGUCGUCAUCAUCUUCACGGGGGAGAGGGCCAGCGGCCGAGACAAAAACUGGUAAAGACACCAAGCCGGCGGAAAUUUCCACAUCUUUCUGGAGCGAAUUCGGCAUUGAUACACCAGCUCAGAAGUCUCCAAACGCCCCUCGCACCCCCAAUCAAUCCGCCAGCCGAAGCGAGGCGACCGACGAACAGCGCGAUCGCCACUCCAGCAAUCAAGCCGAACCGCAGAAUGACGAUCUCGACGACUGGGGUAGCUGGGAGACGCCCCUAUCCGCACACAAGAUGCACACACCCUCGUCGAGCCGAUCAACAGUUGAAUCGAAACAUGAUCAUUCGCCCACCACGCAGAGCAGCAGCCCGCGAACCAGCGCUAGUUUUGGCGACUGGAACCCGGAUUCCACCUCGCUUGACCCUAGUGUCUCCGAGGGCAUUCCUUGGCCUGCUAUCACCAAGUUGGCUCCCUCAAAGCUUCAACGUACCGCUUCCAACUUGAUGGCUGAGUGGGAGCGCUCCUUGUCUCCUUCUCCAGAACGGGUUUCUUUAACUCGCAAGGACAGCAAGAAGGAUUAA